AUGAAUGAAAUAAAAUCUCUAGAACACCCAACUUUGAAGGUUCCAUAUGAAAUUUUCAACAAAAGAUACAGAAAUGCUCAGAGGGUGUUAGAUGUUGAAGCUAGACAAGUAGCUUCGUCUGUGAGUGAUAUUGACACAGUAACCAAGAAAGGUGCUACAGCCGCUGAAAUAGACUCACUACUUGGUGGAAUGGUUGAGAAGCUAACAACAAUGAAGCGAAAAGCAUCAGAAGCAAUAACAGAAGAGGUCCAAGCUGCAUUUGUAUGUAAGAAACGCCUGGAACAUCUUAAGGAGCAGGCUGAAGCACUUGCUGACCCUAAUGCACCUCAAGCUAAGACGCAAAUGAAUCAAUGGCGCAAAGUGCGAUUGGACAGGAUGCUAGUAGAUUACUUUCUACGCAACGGAUAUUACGAUUCUGCCAAUAAACUGGCAGAUGCACGGGAUCUUAGAGAUUUGACAAAUGUUGACAUCUACAUGGCGGCGGCGGAGGUGGAGCGCGAGCUGGCGGCGCGGCGCACGGCGCGCUGCCUGCAGUGGUGCGCCGACAACCGCUCCAAGCUGCGCAAGCUCAACUCCACCAUGGAGUUCAACAUACGCAUACAGGAGUUCAUAGAGCUAGUGCGUGAAGAUAAGCGUCUGGAGGCGGUGCGGUACGCGAAGAAACACUUCUCAGCUUACGAGGAGGGCCAGUUAGAGGACAUACAGCAUUGUAUGGGCAUGCUAGCCUUCCCUAAGGACACUGAGGUGGAGCCGUACAAGUCGCUGCUGUCGCCGUCACGGUGGCCGGCGCUGGUGGUGCAGUUCCGCGUGUCGCACGCGCGGCUGCUGCACCCGGCGCGGCUGGCGGCGCUGCCGGCGGCGCUGCAGCUGGGGCUGGCGGCGCUGAACACGCCGCAGUGCGCGGGCCCCGGCGCGGCGCGCGCGCCCGCCUGCCCCGCCUGCGCGCCGCCGCUGGACGCGCUGGCCGCCACGCUGCCGCACGCGCACUGCUCGCACUCGCGCCUGCUGUGCCGCAUCUCGCGCCUGCCGCUCAACGAGCACAACCACCCGAUGGUGCUGCCCAACGGGCAGGUCUACGGGGAGAAGGCCCUAAAAGAAAUGGUGAAGGAACACGGAUCAAUAAUUUGCCCGAAAACGAAGGAAGUGUUCAGUAUGGACCGCGUAGAGAAAGUCUACGUUAUG